AUGAGGGGGAUCACGCUUUCCUCCCUCUGCUUACUGAUGCACCUGCUUCAGGAUGAGGUAACUGCGAUUUUAGUUUUGGAAAACCGAGACCUACAAGAUUCGAUUAAGCCACAGAAGGUAGGGUUUCGUUCGUUAAACUUCAACAGCACUUUGCAUUGGCAGCCUGGGAGGGCCAGAGAGGCAAGAGACACCGUCUACUUUGUGCAGUAUAAAGUGUAUGGACAGAGCACAUGGCAAAACAAAGACGACUGCUGGGGGAUUCAAAACCACGUCUGUGACCUUACGAAUGAGAUCUCUGACAUCCAAGAGCCUUACUACGGCAGAGUGAAAGCCGCGUCAGCUGGCGUCUAUUCCGACUGGAGCCUCAGCUGCAGAUUCACUCCCUGGCGAGAAACUAUGAUAGGACCUCCAACAGUAACUGUGAGUCACAGCAACAAAUCCAUAAUACUAAAGCUCCAGGCUCCACGUUCUCCUUAUAAAAGGAAGAGAGGUAGCAAGAUACCGAUGACGAAUUAUUAUGAUCUGCUAUAUCAAGUCUUCAUUACUAACAACUUGCUAGAUGAGCAACACAGAGUCCUGGCAUAUGAAGGAAAAGACAAGGUUAUCAAAAUAGAAGAUUUGAGGCCUGGAGUCAGCUACUGCAUCGUGGCUAAAACAUACGUGCCAAUGCUGGACCGCAGCAGCGCCUACAGCAGCAGGCAAUGCACCGUGCUGCAGUGA